AUAGAAAGGUCGAUUUACUGGGUUGGCCAUAGCGCAUAGCGUCAGACGAGCUUGGUGAUCAUUUUGAGAGUUGCUUUCCUCCUUUCCCACCUCUGAAAAUGGCUAAAGUUUUAGGUGUUGCCGUCGAUGGUAGCGACAUCUCCAAUGCGGCUUUUGAAUAUGCUUUAGAAAGCCUGUACAAGCCUGGAGACACCGUUGUGGUGAUCCAUGUUGCUGAAUAUCACAUCAGCAUUCCUGCAGUCGGUUCAUCAGAUGUUGAGAAGUUGUGUGAAGAAAUGAAAAAGCGAGAUCAAGAGAUUGGAUCUUUGACAGCCACUUACACAAAUGCGUUGAGACAGAAAUCAAUAAGUGGCAAGGCAGUGAGACCAACUGGCGGCAAGCCUGGAGAGGUGAUAGUCAAGACAUGCAAGGAAGAGGGGAUUUCCCAUAUCGUCAUGGGAACAAGAGGUCUGGGAGCAUUUCAGAGAGCUGUCUUGGGUAGUGUGAGCCAGUAUGUCCUAAACCACUCGUCUAUUCCUGUCACCAUUAUACCUAAGAAAGCCUGAGCAAUAGGUUGAAUGUGGAACAUCAAUGAGAAUAUCUCUAUUUGGAGAUUUUCUUGAGACUUAAAAGAUUUUUAGCAGAUUUUUAGAGGGGAAAUUGAAUUAUAAGCAAAGGUGAAAAUUGCAUUUAAAGCAGAUUUUUAGAGGGAAAACUGAAUUAUGAUAUCAGAGAUUUGUGGAGAGGCUUUUAUUGUAAGGGGUUACAGGUUAAGAAUUAUGAAACUCUUGAUUCUGUGUUGCUUCAUUUGGAUCAUGGAUAAUGUGUGUCAUGUCUUCUGUUGGUGACAUCCACCUCUACCAUUGUUCACACGGACUAGCGAUUUAUGUAAUAUAACUUGAGUUUGGAUGAAUUGUUACUAAUGGACCAGUGUCAGUGUCUGUCCAUGUACAUGAGACAGGACAUACCACGGCUGGAGAAUCAGAGACGUUACCGUCUAUACUUUAUAAACACAAAUGUAACUGGGUUUUUGAUGUACCAGCGUAUUUGUUUACUGUACAUAUGAUCCAUUGUGACUGAACUUCAAACUGGACUGAAAGCUGUUAUUGGGAAUGAAUCCCUGCCAUAUUUCAAGUUUUCCUUUUUAAUCUUGCUUUAGCCAAUGCAGACUUUUGUUUUUAAUUUGAAUUACCUACUUUGUUACAGCUACAUUUGUUGUUAGAGGAGAAUGCUCAGAGAUGUGUGACUUGGGUCAGCACGACCCAGAUUUCUUUCAUUGUAAUCGGAUAUAUCAGUAAUGCUACAUGGCAAGUACUGGAGCAGUAUUCAAGAUUCUUGUUUGUUUACCAGUUGCCAUGGUAACAUGAAAAAGAUUGUCUUAAAACUCCUGAUCUACUCAUGGAAUUAUUUGAGGAAACUAUUCAAGACCAGAAGUACUUGAUCUGAUUCUGGAAGCACUAUCAGUGUACCAGCAGAGAAUGUUGUUUUCAUCUUUUCUAGUACUGCACUGGAAGUUUUUCAAACAUUGUUACCGUGGCAACUGGAACUACUUGUUAAGUUUGUAUGGUAUUUUUGCCCUAAUUCUCAUGUUCAGCAGUUCAUGCAUUUACAGCUUGAGGAGAGUAUUUUUGUUUGUAUGUAUGCAAUUUAUACAAUUAUUUACACCACUUUCAGAGUUCUACAGAGAGGAGACAUAAUGAAAAUGUGAAAUUUACAAAUAAUGACAUGAAACAUUCACUUUUUGCAUUACCAUGAAUACCAACCUUGUGCUUCAAGUACUGAUUAGAGAAUUCUUAUUUAUCACAAAGCUUCUAACAUUCCGUUUGUUAUUUUGAAAUUGCAGCAUAAUAUCUUUAUUUCUAGCUAAUUCAUCACAAAAUGUGUUUUUUUUCUGAAUAUUCCAUGUUUAUUAAUAGAGUCCAUUGCAAAAGAUAUUUUCAUUCAGUUGUCUACACUUUAGUUUCAAGGUUAAUUACAGAUAUGUUCUUAAAUGUUUUGUGAUAACAAUACUAUUGUAUUAGCAGGAGGUCACAUGUUAAUUUGGGUUACAUUUUGUGUGACUUAACAUUCCUUGUCAUGAUGUUACACAUGGGUGUCUGUACUGAACAUCAAAACUGUAUUUUACAAUCAAAGGUACAAUUACAGCAAACCAUUCAUAUCAUUGCUAUAAGGGACAGGAUUGUCAACCCUAUGCAAACUGCAAGACUCACCUCAACCCCAAUCUUGUUAAACCAGCAUGACCGUAUUGAGAAGACAAAAUCCAGUGGUAAACAUAAACAUACAGCACUAUAUGAAUAUCAGAAUAAAUAUAGCAUGAAAUAUUGUAACCUACCACUAGUGUCUUAAGCAAGCUUCGUGAUUUCCUGUCAUAACAGUUGUAUUUAAUCAAAGCUAUUGAUUUAAUGGAUUGUAUUAUAUCAUCUCUCCCCAAUGAUGCUUGUUAUGCUUAUCUGCUCACACCAUGUACAAAUUCUUAUAAAUGAUUAUCACACCUGUAUUCAUGUAGCAUUUAAUAAAUUUUCACCCCUUU